CAAUUUUCACGGCGAAAGGAUGUAGUUGUGUGCUUGAAAACUACCAUAGUUUCCUUCCAACUAGCACGAACAAAGGCGAUGGAGAGUUGUGAGAAACAAGGCGCCAGUCUAACCGGUGUAGUUUCGGUUGAAGAAUUUCAGUGAAUAUAUACCAAGCUCAGUAAGAUUUCCAGUAGUUACAAAGCCAUUUGGGUUGAUGGGGAGCAAAAUUGUUCGUCUGAGCCGUACGAAUUCAUUUGGAGUGAUGGAUAUGCAUUUAGCAGUGAUGUGCUCGACGUAUCAAAUGCAGCGUUAUCAGUGAAUAAGGAUACAUGUCUCACAGUAUCGAACCAAGCCACAGACGAACUGACUUUACACGAAGUCUCCUGUGAUCUAGCAGAUCGAGUCAUGGGUUUUAACGGGAGAAUAUACGAAGACGCUAUAUGCCCUCUUGUAACUGAUGCUGGGGACUCGUAUUCUUGGGAUAAAACUUUGGCUCCGCUGGAAUACACUUUCAGAGGAUGUAAGCAGGACUGGAAGAGAUUUGAAAGAGAUGAUGGCCUGACUAUCUGCAUGAAGAUAUUUGGAAGCGAAAAUGUGAACCGAGAGAUAGCAAUCCAAGGAUGCGUGGAGCAAGAUUCGGUGUUGACAGGGUUAGCUUCAAUGAGAGAGUGCAAAUGGGUUCAUGACGAACUUAUGAAACACAACGUUACUGGAAAUUUUAGCGGAUUUUGGAUCGGUGGUCGGAGGAAUUGUUCUUCUGAACAACCUGGAUGCCUGAAUUAUCCAUGGAACGAUGGCUACACCACAUCAACUGUUGUUUUGGAUGCUUCAACGCUGAUCUUAACCCUGGCACAACCACAACCGAAGAUUGCUUAUCAAUUUCCUUCCUGAAAGAUUACUCUCCAAAGAUGGUCAGUGACUUGGCGUGUGAUAGCUUCAGGAGGAUGAUUGGAUAUGUUUGUGGCUAUAAAUUGUAA